ACAAGCACAGACCUCGAUGUGGGUCCUUCCUCUGGCUGGUGUUAAAAGGGGGAGUGGUCUGAUGAGAUGUGAGACAAAUGGACUUAGAGCUCAGACCACAACUUCCCCUGUUGGCUGCGAGGUAUGCGAUACUCGAGUGUUCACCAGAGAAAGAGGAAAAAAUAAACCACCCACAAGUCGUCGUGUUUGCUGAGUGCUGGCCACUUAACGGAGCCCAGUUGUCCGUGUUGAGCCUGUGUUAUUACCAUGGCCGUGUGGGGCAGGAGCCCGGUACUGGUGGCGAUUCCUCUGUGGAUGAGUUUUGGGAGAGCAGCUGCCGCUUUUACAGAGCCACAGAUCUGUUACGUGCUGGACGGUAUCCUGUUUUUGUACGGCAUCAUCCUGACGGCUCUCUACUGUAGAAUCAAGAUCUACGUUGCUAGGGAGAAUGCAACUGAGCAGGCAAAGGGCAAGCGGGUUGCUGAAGAGGGCAUCUAUACGGGUUUGACUCCUCACGCCCAGGACACUUAUGAAACUAUUGGCAUGAAGAAGUGACCCAAUCAGCGAAAGACCAAGACAGAUGUUUUCCUUUAAAAACCUUUUUUCUUUUUGUAUUUAAACAUUGCUACCCUGCUUAGACUUUGAGAGAAUGUAAGAUUACGUGCACCAGUGUUCAUUUCCCUUUUGCUUCUUUUUAAAGAAUUAAUGGGAAGUUAAGAAUGACGACACAGAAACAAGGAAGUUGAGCCCAAGACGGGCGAUGUAAGAAAAGCUUACUUUUGUUGUCAUAAGGUAUUUUUGUUUGCUGUUCUGUUGCACAUAUUUAAUUUUAUGCAAACAUGUUUUGAAAACUGUGAUGCUUCAGACGCAUUUUGUAUUGUAAUGCUUGUAAACAAAAAAAUGUCUGUGUGUAUAGACUGUCCAACUAACUUCCUGUUUAGGCCAUUUGAAAGAUGUCAGUUGUUAUUUAUAGGAAUGGCAAAUAGCUCCAAAAAUAUUUUUAGACGGUGAAUAUACUGAAGUUAAAGCCAUGCUCAAGCCUUUUAGAGAGACCGAGCAGUGUUUCCUGCACGCCACAGGGUGGCAGUGAUGAUGUCUUUGGUGAGGUCUUACCUGUUCAUACUCAAACAUACUCUUCCCUCUCCCAGCGGGGAGAAAAGUCAAAUAAAUAACACAGACUGCUGCCUGUAAGAUGCAUAGAGCUGAUAUAUAUCAAUAAAAACUAUUAAAUGUUUAGCUUGCUUAUUAAAGAACUUUGUCUCUCUUUGAA